AUGGUUGCCAUUGGCAGGCGAUGCCAGUCGUACACUCGCAUGUUCAAUGCCUCAUCGAAAUACAAGACGUUGUCCAUGAGUGUCAACCCGUUCAACGUGUACGUCGCUCGGGAAUCCCUGGUGGGUGCGCUUAGGAAACAGCCGAAGCUUCUCUCUUCCCCGGUCUCUGCGCAAUCACAACUUCUUGCGUUUGCGGCUGCUCCGGGGUCUUUAUCCUCGCCUGCCCGUGGGGAGAUCUUCAUUGUCUUCCACUGCUCGGUCUCUGUUCCAGAACAAUCCCGUCGAACAUUCCUGUUCGACUGGUCGGAACCAACGAAACGAAGGACCGCUCGGCCAGUCUACUACCAAGAGCCUCCCACGUGCACAUGGCAAGACGAUCGUCUCGAACAAGGACUAUGCCGCGAAAGAACUCGACGCUUCUACUCGCGUCGCGAUGCUUGCGAAGGACAACACCCCGUGCACGCCCACUGCUCAGCCGGAGUCCGGCGGAGCGGCGGGUUCACCACCAUCGACGCGUCUGCUGCAAGAUGCAGAAGCACAAGGAGGGCUAGGGUCAUCUCGCACGCCGCGUCGGAGUUCCAGGCACACUCUAAUGUGUCCAACGAGUACCGCAGAAGCUCCAGAGUCCUCAACAAGGCCCCACCCGACGCGAUGGAUGUCGAUCCCCCAUCUCCACACAACGGCCCGACGACGAAGGACAGCACACAGCUCACGGUUCCGGUCUCUGUCGGCCACUGCGAAGUUGAUGUCCCUGUCGCCGGCUUCACCCCGAAGUUCAUGGAUAUCGACGCCCGCUCCCGUCGCCUCCAAUCCCCACACGCUACUGCACCCGUCCGACGCGGUUCCGCCCCCAAUAUCACAGGCUUCGCCCGAACUCGUGAAGGAGGUCCGUCGCGCGGCGAUGGGCGUGUCGCCGACUGCCUCCCGCGCACCAGUUGCCGCAUUCUGCCUGACAGGAGCCAGCGGCUGCACGUGUUCGAGUGGUGGCAACAGCGGCGGCUCCGCGGGUCCGAGCAGUGGGAACGCGCGAACCUCCCCGUCCUGCGGCCAAGCUCGCCAGCGAUGAGCGCAUUGGACGGCACUCCCGAGUUCCGUCAUCGGAAGGACGGGGAGGUCUCUCCGAACGAGUGGCACUCGCCCUCGCCCCCUGCAGUGCUCACCGCUGCCGCGGGCACUUCCUCCCCCGCUCCUGUCCUCCUCUGCCAACGCCAAAAUCCGCGGAUGGCAUUCCAGACCUCGGAUGGACGCCCCUCGUCUGACGGCACGAUGCGGGUCGCGGAAGCGUCGCCGCCGCCCCACGACGCGCGCAAGCUGCACUCGGACUCGUCGCCAUCGUUGCUGUUAACGGCUCUUCGAUGGUUCAAGUCGACGAGGAGAAGCGGCGCGGCGGGCGAAGCACCGCGCACACGCAUCCGCGUCCACAUCCUCAGCGGGACCGUCUCCUCCAGCCCCCUCGACACGGCCGCAGCCCACCGACCCUCGCCGCUCAACGCCAACCUGGGCACGCACAACCCGACGCGCUCUCUCCAUCUCCCCGCGUCGCCCUUCGUGCCCCACGCAUCGGGCUCCGACCACCCCAUGAGCCCCGCGUGCGUGCUGUUGAAGACGCGGAGCGUCUCGGAGAUGCAGUCCGGCGACCUCGCGUCCGACGCAGGCGCGAGUCGAGGACGGCAGAGACAGAAAGAAGAAGAUGAAGUGUGCCGGCGCAAGACACGCUCUAUGGUGCGGCCUAAAGCAGUGCGCUGCCAGCAUCCGCGACGCCCACCACAUUCAAGACCCGUCUCCACCACCGUCAUCGACGCUCGGGCCGGCGCACCGCUUACCGCAGAGUGGCAUCACGCUCUGAACCAAGCCGCGGGCGACCCCGCGGACCCCAUCGAUUCUAGCCACAAGGGUCCGCUCACCUCCUACCUGUAUUGCCAAGAUCCCGGAAGCAACCCAGUCGGACUCAAGUGGUUCAAGAUCGCGGAAGAAGGGCUCGAUCCCGACGGGACGUGGGCGACGGACGUGAUGAUCGCCAACGCGGGCAAGUGCAUCGAGGACGGCCAGUACCUCCGCCACAAGAGAGUCAUCGCCGAACAUCAAGGACGGUCUGGGGCCAAGACGCCCUCGACAGUCUCCUUCCCCGGCGCGUGCCAGAGCGUCGAGCUCAUUCGGCAUUUCCCCCGCGCGUUCGCAGGCAUCACCAUCAGCAUCUACUACCCAACCGUUAAGAACUACACCAUCCCCGGACCUGCAUUGUUCACCUGCUGA